AUGGCCAACGUGCAGCCUAUAGCAAUCGGUGGGCGUCUUUCCUAUGGCUCUGCCAUCUGUACGUUGCGAUACAUUGGCCCCGUAGCAGGAACAGAUCAAAGCACAGUAUGGUUUGGAGUGGAAUGGGACGAUCACUCACGGGGAAAACAUGAUGGGUCCCACCAAGGACAGAGAUAUUUCACCUGCAAAAGUCCCUCUCCUACUGCGGCAUCAUUCAUUAAGUCUUCCAGAAGUCAAGAUCCAAGCCGGUCAUUCAUCCAAGCAGUGAAGAGGAAGUACGCCGAUGAAGAUCAUCGGGACGAUGUUUCGGAGCGUCCUAAUGUAAUCUCUGGGAAAGUAGUCGAAGAAGUUGGCUUUGACAAGAUCCAAGAGCAACAGAGGCGCUUACAUGAGUUAAAGAUCGUCCUGGUGGAUGGCCAGCAAAUCAAUGCUGCUGAAGAUGCUACCGAUGAGGUAAUUGAAACUGUUUGUCCAAGUAUCGUUGAACUCGACCUCAGUCGAAAUCUUCUAUCGUUUCAAGAAACUCAUAAGAUCAUCCGCCGUAACAAGUUACCUCAUCUAAGACUUCUUAAACUCAAUGGCAAUCGUUUCAGCGAGCUAGAUUCAAGGAGUCGAGUUGAAAUCCUAGAUUCCUUAGAAGCCAUCCCGGUCGGUGAGUUGCAUAUGGACGAUGUGCUUCUGCGAUGGGAUCAACUCUGCAAUAUCUUAAGCAAAAUCUUCAAGUCCUUGACAACUUUCAGUGCGUCUUCAAACAUCCUGAAAUCUCUUGAUUAUUCAAUACCCAUCCACUCCUUGAAAACACUGAUUCUGGAUUUCAACCAAUUUGCUACCCUCUCCGACCUCACUCUAUUGAAACAAUGUAGCUCUCUCGAGAUUCUACGUCUCAAAGGCAACAGUAUAUCCUCUGUUGCUCAAGAUCCAUUUGUUCUGACGCCGUCCCAUCAGUUCGGAGACAAACUGAGAUAUGUGGAUCUCUCUUAUAAUGCCAUUGCUUCCUGGAAGUUUGUCGACGAUCUGGAUUAUUGUUUCCCUGGACUGACCGAGCUGCGCCUGUCGCAUAAUCCAAUUUAUGAGACAAGCUCGGAUUCCCAGGCUUCUGGUGGCGCUGAAGAGGGUUACAUGCUGACACUUGCUCGCUUGGGCAAACUUACCAAUCUCAACUUCAGCAGAAUAACUGCCGCCGAGCGCUCGAACGCGGAGAUGUUCUAUCUAUCUCGCAUAGGUCGAGCCAUAGCAGAGGUCCCAGAGACCGAGGCAGCGUCGGUGAUAGCACAGCACAAAAGGUAUGCAGUAUUGUGUGAGAAGUAUGGAGAGCCUGCCAUCAUCAGGUCGAAUGCAGAUGGCAUCAAUCCUCUAUUCUUGGAAGCACGUUUGAUCCGUUUUACUUUCUAUUUGCCACAGAGAACAAGAGAUGGAAAAGUUGAGAAGAUCACCCUAUCGAAAGAGAUCCCGAAGUCAUUUGAUGUCUACCGUGUCAAAGGCAUUGUGGGGAAGCUGUUUGGUGUGCCUCCGCUCAAUCUACGUUUGACAUGGGAAACUGGAGAAUGGGAUCCAGUUGCUGGGUACGAGGAAGAAGAAGAGAGCAGUGGUGAUGACGAAGAAGGGAGUGAAAAGAUUACUGUUUCUGAGAAGCAAGUAGUAAGAGAGACAGGAAGAUUGAUGAAAAGAGAAGUUGAGAUCGAGGAAAGCACGAGAGUCAUAGGAAAUUGCGUUGAUGGCUUAGAAGCAACCAUCAGGGUGGAGGUAAAUAAGACUACGGCUGUGCUGGCAUCGAUACCUGCUAUGUAG